UUGCUUUAAAUUGUCAACGGUUUGCAAUAAUAUCCCUUCUCCUCUAUUAGAUACAGCCAUCCCCUAGCCCUGAGCUAACCUUCUAUUUAGUGACUGUUAUUUAUCUAGCAUUCUAACAAACUACUAGCUAGCCAAGAGCAAGAUGGAAGAACUAAAGCCAAUGUCACCAAGCUCAUGCCCUUUCACACCCUUAGGCUUCCUGGAAAGAGCUGCCACUGUUUAUGAUGAUUGCCCAUCCAUCAUCUACAACAGCACCACUUACACAUGGUCUCAAACCUACCGUCGAUGUCUCAAGGUUGCAUCUUCUCUAUCAUCCAAAGGCAUCAAGCCAGGUCAAGUGGUUUCCGUUGUGGCCCCUAACGUUCCUGCCAUGUAUGAGCUUCAAUUUUCCGUGCCCAUGUCUGGUGCCAUCCUCAACAACAUCAACACCCGUCUUGACGCUCGGACCAUUUCCAUACUCCUGCGUCACAGUGAGUCAAAGCUCGUCUUCGUUGAUUAUUUGUCACUUCGUGUUAUUCUUGAAGCCCUCUCUUUGUUUCCACCUGAGACUCCAUGCCCUGCCCUCGUCCUCAUUACGGACGACGAGGAGGAAGCACCGCCACCACCAUCACUAGCCGUAGACUUUUGUACUUACGAAAGCAUGGUGGAGAAAGGAGAUCCUGAGUUCAAGUGGGUCCAGCCACAAAGUGAGUGGGACCCGGUGGUUUUAAACUACACAUCAGGUACUACCUCAGCUCCUAAAGGUGUGCUACAAUCCCACAGAGGAACUUUCACCAUAACCAUUGGAUCCUUGAUUGAUUGGAGCCUACCAAAACAAGCAGUGUAUCUGUGGACCCUGCCGAUAUUUCACGCCAAUGGGUGGAGUUAUCCAUGGGGUAUGGCAGCUGUUGGCGGGACCAACAUCUGUCUUCGUAGAGUGGAAGCCCCAACGAUCUACAGCUUGAUCAAAAGGCACGGGGUCACUCACAUGUGUGGCGCACCUGUGGUGCUAAACAUGCUAACAAACUCUCCCAAUGCGGAACGCCUACAAAACCCAGUGCAAAUUUUAACCGGGGGAGCUCCACCUCCAUCCGCCGUGCUGUUCCGGGCAGAGUCACUUGGUUUUGUGGUGAGUCAUGGAUACGGUUUAACUGAAACGGGAGGGCUGUUCACUUCGUGUGCGUGGAAACCAAAGUGGAAUACAUUUCCAGCAAGUGAGAGAGCUAGACUAAAGUCAAGACAAGGGGUUCCGUUUGUUGGCUUCACCGAGAUGGGCGUUGUGGAUCCCAAUACAGGAAAGAGUGUGGAAAGAGAUGGGGUAUCACUUGGUGAAGUUGUUUUGAGAGGUGGGAGCGUAAUGUUAGGUUACUUUAAAGAUCCAUUAGGCACGUCGAUGUGCAUGAAAGAUGGUUGGUUUUACACGGGAGAUGUGGGUGUUAUGCACUCAGAUGGAUAUUUAGAGGUCAAAGAUAGGUCCAAAGACGUGAUCAUUAGCGGUGGAGAGAAUAUUAGCAGCGUAGAGAUCGAGUCUGUGCUGUAUACACAUCCUGCUGUUAACGAGGCAGCUGUGGUGGCUAGGCCUGAUGAGUUCUGGGGCGAGACACCGUGCGCAUUUGUGAGUUUGAAAAAUGGUUUGGCUAACAAACCUGGUGAGAAAGAUAUAAUUGAUUAUUGCAGGGAAAAGAUGGCGCAUUAUAUGGUACCAAAAAUCGUGGUGUUCAAAGAUGAGCUUCCAAAGACAUCAACUGGGAAGAUUCAGAAGUAUUUGCUCAGAGAAUAUGCCAAGGUCGUGGAUUCUUCGAAGGUUUAACAGAAUAUCCUGUGUUGACCCGAUCCUAACUACUGAGGUUACAGGUUUGUCAUGUUAACUCUGGUUAAUAAGAACCAAUAUUUUUAUGUCUUUUAUCUACCCCAUUUUGUUCUUCUAUAUUUAAUAAAUUGUAAAUUGGGAUACAUCAUUUAUCUCUUUUUCUAAAAAUAUAUUUCUCUCAUGGUAUCCUAA